ACAGCCUGGUCUCGGUAAAGCUCCUCAGCAGAGUCCGCACUGGAAGCUUCUGCUCUCAGGCGAGCGAAGCUGGCCAGGCUGCCCGGGUCCUCACUGACCUGCUCCGGCCUUCAUACAGCACUACUCUGCGGUGGAACAGGUUUCGAGACCGCGGCGCUCAUGUGUAUUUACCCCCCGGUGUGUCUGCGGGAAUAAGGACGGAGGAGGACCGAGCGAUGUCCGCGCCGGGUCCCGCGAACCCGGGCAGCUCCAUCAGCUACAACCAGAACUCAACGCCGAACGGUGGAGCUGCGCCCGCCUACCAGAAUGGUCCAGCGCAGACAAACCCAUCCGUGUAUCCACCUACAGGCUACUACGGAGCUCCACCUCUACAACAGAGCUACCCCACAAUCCCUGCACACUCCAAUCCUGUUCCCAGUAAAGCGCCUCUUACAAACAGUGGCCACAGUGUAAACUACUACCAGAACAACCAUCAGCAGCAGCAGCAGCAUCAUCAUCUCCCUCAGCAUCAUGUAGCAGCCUCAUCAUACAGUGCUUCUCCUUCUCAGCCACCUCCACCAUCAAUUACCCAGUACAAUCAACAGCCAUUCCAGCAGCAGCAGCAGCAGCAGCAGCAGCAGCAGCAUCCACCCUAUACCACUCCAGGAUCCUACUAUGGACAGCAACAGUCCUACCAAGCCCCUCCUCCUCAGCAGCAGCAUCCCAGUUUGGUUCCAGCACCAGCUAGCGGCACAGGAGCUCCUAUAUACCCCAUCGUUUCGUACCCAUCGCCACAGGGAAGUAGCCAAUAUGGCACGCUGAGUUCCAUGCAAAGCACCACCUCCACUCCUGGAGUCAUGCCCGUUCAGAUGGGUGCACCCCUUCAUCAGUACAACACCUCACAACCAGCCUCUACACCACCAGUGCAGCCAGGGUACGGUGUGGUUCUACCCAGUCAGACGGCACCCACAGUCAACGGUCAAGGAAGCACAGCUCAGACAACCGUUCAACAACACUAUGACCAAAGCCACCAGGCGCUGCAGAGCUACGACUCUUACGGCAGAGUCAUUCACAGCAGCGGUGGUGCAGACACAGAGCGAACACCGUCAAGAACCCCCUCCACGUCAGUUCAUUCCUCACCAGGCCACCACAAAGGUAUGCAGUAUGGAUAUGUUGCUAAUAGCGGAGCUAGCUCUGCCGCCACCUCUGGCCCUGCAGCAUCAGCAGCGGUGGCCCCCUCAUCAUCCAGCUCUGAUGAAGAUGAUGAUGAUGAUGAUGAGGAGGAUGAGGAAGCAGGUGGUGAUACGUCCUCUUCCACCACUGGCAGUGCCUCUCCGGUGCCCAACAACUAUGAUUCCCUUGAAGGAGGCAACUAUCCAGAUUCAAUGCCGCCGGCUAAUGAUAUGACCAACCAGGCUCAGCCCUAUGGUAACUAUGGUUACCCCAGCAUGCAGCCAGCCUAUCUGCAGGGAGCGGCCCCCCACACGGACUCUUCUCCCGCUCACGACCUUUACGGACAGAGCUACCAGCAGUCGUCUCAGCCUUUCCCGAACAUGUCCCAGCUGUCUGCAGCGCUCGGCGGGCUGAGCGGGGUGCCGGAGUUGGAGGUGGAGGCUCUGAGACCGGUGAACCUGCUGCAGGAGAGGAACCUGCUGCCCCCCAGACCACUGGAGGCUCCUGAACCCAACCUCAGCGCUGACCUCAAGAAGGUUAACUGCAGUCCACAUACGUUCAGGUGUACGCUGACCAGUAUCCCUCAGACGCAGGCUCUACUAAACAAGGCCAGGCUUCCUCUGGGUCUUCUCCUCCAUCCUUUCAGAGACUUAGAGCAAUUACCAGUGAUCACGUCAAACACAAUAGUGCGCUGUCGCUCGUGUCGCACCUACAUCAAUCCCUUUGUCACCUUCCUGGACCAGCGCAGGUGGAAGUGCAACCUCUGUUACCGCGUCAACGAUGUUCCAGAUGAGUUUAUGUACAACCCGGUCACCAGGUCAUACGGCGAGCCUCACAAAAGACCCGAGGUUCAAAAUGCCACUGUGGAGUUCAUCGCCUCCUCAGACUACAUGUUGAGACCACCUCAGCCGGCGGCUUACCUGUUUGUCCUCGACGUGUCUCACAACGCAGUGGAAGCAGGCUACCUGAAGUACUUCUGUGAAUCCCUUCUCAAGAAUCUGGACAAGUUGCCCGGGGAUACACGCACCAGAGUGGGCUUCCUCACCUUUGACAGCACCAUCCACUUCUACAACCUGCAGGAGGGUCUGUCACAGCCUCAGAUGCUGGUGGUGUCUGACAUCGAUGAUGUCUUCAUACCGUCUCAUGACAGUCUGAUGGUAAACCUAAAAGAGAGCAAAGAGCUGGUGAAGGACCUGCUGACCUCGCUGCCGGCCAUGUUCAGUCAGACCAGGGAAACCCACAGCGCCCUCGGCCCGGCGUUACAGGCCGCGUUCAAGCUCAUGUCAUCCACCGGGGGGCGUGUCUCAGUUUUCCAGACCCAGCUGCCCACACUGGGCGCAGGUCUGCUGCAGUCAAGAGAAGACCCCAACCAGCGCUCGAGCAGCAAGGGAGUUCAGCAUCUCGGCCCUGCUACAGACUUCUAUAAAAAACUGGCACUGGACUGCUCAGGACAGCAGAUAGGAGUGGAUCUUUUCUUGCUCAGCUCCCAGUACACUGACCUUGCCUCGCUAGCUUGUAUCUCCAAGUAUUCAGCGGGCAGCAUCUUCUACUACCCCUCCUUUCAUUACAUCCACAACCCUGCACAGCUGGAGAAGUUCCAAAACGAUCUGGAGCGCUACCUCACCAGGAAGAUCGGCUUUGAGGCCGUUAUGAGAAUACGAUGCACUAAAGGUUUAUCCAUCCACACAUUCCACGGUAACUUCUUUGUGCGCUCCACUGACCUGCUGUCCCUGGCCAAUGUGAACCCAGACUCUGCCUUCGCCGUCCAGAUGUCCAUCGAAGACUCUCUGGCAGACUCGUCUCUGGCCUGUUUCCAGGCCGCGCUGCUCUACACCUCCAGUAAAGGAAAGAGACGUAUCCGAGUUCACACUCUGUGUCUGCCAGUGGUCAACCAGCUGAGUGAUGUGUACGCUGGAGCUGAUGUCCAAGCUGUCACUUGUCUACUCGCUAACAUGGCCAUCGACCGGUCGAUAUCGUCCAGCCUCUCUGACGCUCGAGACGCUCUGGUGAACGCCGUGGUCGAUUUGGCGACGUCCUACAAGAGCAGCGUGUCCAACCUGCAGCAGUCUGGCCUCGUCGUCCCCUCGUCCAUGCGCCUCUUCCCUCUCUACAUCCUCGCUCUGCUCAAACAGAAAGCGCUGCGAACAGGAACCAGCACACGUCUGGACGAGCGCGUCUUCGCCAUGUGUGAGUUCAAGACGCAGCCGCUGCAGCAGCUGAUGCGAAUGGUUCAUCCUGAUCUGUACAGACUGGACAACAUGUCUGACCAGGGGGCGCUACAUCUGAACGACACAGUGGUACCGCAGCCUCAUCUGCUCCACCUGGCGUCAGAGAGGCUGAGCAGAGACGGCGCUUUUCUCAUGGACUGUGGCAACGUGUUUUACCUGUGGAUCGGAAAAAACUGCAACGACAUGUUCAUACGAGACGUUCUGGGCUGCAACAACUACGCUUCAAUACCACCCAACAUGAGUCACAUUCCCGAGCUGGAGACGCCGCUGUCGGAGAGAGUGCGAGCUUUCCUCGACUGGCUGCAGGACAACAGAGCGUUCAGCUCCACAAUCCACAUCGUCAAGGACAACACGUCGGCCAAAACCAAUUUCUUCCAGCAGCUGGUGGAGGACCGCUCCGAGUCGGCUUCAUCCUACCAAGAAUUCCUGCAGCACGUCCAGCGUCAAAUCUCCAAGCAUCGGGUCUGACUCGCAGCCGCUCUUUAAUGAAACCGGGGCUCUGUGAAUUAUAAGGGUUAAAUGAUGAGGACGACCACAGAUCUGUUUUCUCUUUAUUUGUCCCACGGGAGGCAGGGGUUUAUUAAUAGUGAACCACUGUUUCGUGUCUGAUUCUCUGUGGAUUUCCUGUCUCGUGAGGAGGAUGAACACAAAACUCUGUGUUUGUCUUGGAUUUAUUCCCUUUUUUCCCCUUUUCCCUCUGGAUGCUUAUUCCCAGAUACAGUAGACCAGCACUCCUUAAAGCUGCAGUACGUAACCUUGUUGUUGGUGUUGUUAUGCUGUCUGACAGAAACAGUAUUUGUUUGCUGCGUCCCUUAUUUGAAAACAGGCUCUGUCGAGACCCGCCCGAGGGUGCGUUUAUGUGUAUACAGCUGUAGAGCAGGGACGGGCGGAAGACGAGAAGCAAUUAUCCUGUCAAACUGCUGAAUGGCCGGGUUUUAUGAACAAUAGAAAUCACUUCUCUUGUGUUUUAGUCAUACUCCCAACGUGUUUGCAGAGAAUGAAUCACUUCCUGUGUGGAGUACGGGCAUUCCGCCUGGCAACGCGAGAUCUAAACACGGCUAUAGUGAGGAACACGGAGAGAGAGUCGCGUGGAGAGGAUCGUUUUCAACAGUGUUGUGUGAACUCAGCGGAUGUUUGUUUAACCCUUUAUCGAGUGCCAUUGCAGAUGAAUGCAAGACCUUUUUAACUUUAAAAAAUAUAAAAUGUUCUCAAUGCACUUAUCAUUUAUGGUUACUUAACCGUCUAGGGUAAAACAUUUUCCAAAAUAUAAAAAAGUAUAAGAAAAACACAUAGGAAAAGCAAUGGAAACACGUUUGUUGUUUUAAUAUCCAAAAAAGACAAAGUAAUGACUUUCUAAAUGGAAACAUUUGAUAUCAUUAGCUAGCUAGUUUGUUAGUUAUUUAGCUAGCUACGUUAGCUACCAUACAACAUAUUUUACCAAAAAAUAAACCAUCCCCUAUCAAAAAAUGUUUUUUUUAAACACAGUAAACUGAACAACAUCAAGCCCAUUAGUAUUCAUGUGUAGUUUGUCCAUUAUGGGCUACAGUAAAAACAUGGCGGUCCAAAAUUUCGACCUCCGUAGAGUUCAUCGGUCUUACUUUAAGUGUAUUUUAAGUGACAUUUAAAGUACUACUAUUCUCAAUUAAUGUAAAAUAAACUUGCAAAAGAACUCCUUCUUAAUUCGCUAACAAAUGAGGUCAACAGGAAGUUUCUCUCUCGUUUGUCGCCACGGAAACACCGACAAGUUAAUUGACUUGACUUUGUUCCACAUGUGAACGUGUUUGAAUCAUCACAAUGACGUCAGCCUCCGACUCUGACCGUAAACAGCUGGACGAGCAUCUGCGAGCGAGUCGCACGGACGGUGACAAAUCACAAAGAAGCGCUCCCGGGACGAGGCGAGCGCUCGUGCGUGGACACUGUUGACGACGCCGCUGUCUGUAGUUUUGUAUGCGUGAAAACAACAAUUUACAACAAUUUACAACGUGCCUGCACAAGACAGUCUCACCUUCACACUGUGAGGAGAUGGUUGUCCCAGAGCUUUUUACAGGGCAGCGUUACGUCACUGCCACUUUAUUUUCAACUCUAAUCACAUCUGGGGGGGGAACAUGAAGGCUGCUGCUUCACAGAUACACCUAAAAUAUUAUUGAGAUUACAAGCUUAUGCUAAGCUAACACCCACAUUUGAACAUGGAUCUGACUAAAAAUGUCACAUGUUCUUUGCAGGUAGUUUCAGUUAAGUUGUUUUAAACAGGUUGGUGUCAUUAUUCUGGACUGACCUUACAAGAAGUUAUGUAACGUUAUCGGUUUGCUGUGUCCUUCAUCUGA